GCUUUUUAAUACGGUUGGUUGGCGAUGAAUCCUCUCUGUUUCCCCAGGGUAUUGACAAGGAUCCUGGUGCCAGAUUUUCACCUCCGGCAAGUAGCGAGGACCAUGAAGGAGACCGGGAAGCAGUUACCCCGAGUGUACGUGACCAGAAGGAUCCCGCCAGAUGGGAUGGCAAUACUGAAGCGUUCAGGACUCUGUGCCAUUGAGCAGUGGGAUUCUGACGAGCCGGUGCCACGCUCUGAGCUUCUUAAGAAAGUUGUUGGCGUCCAAGCGCUCUACUGCCUCUUGACUGAGAAGAUAGAUGAAGAAAUUCUGAAAGCAGCAGGACCGAGCCUGAAAGUGGUCAGCACCAUGUCUGUCGGCUACGAUCAUCUUUCUCUGGACGAAUUAAAGAAAAGAGGCAUCAGAGUGGGUUACACCCCAGAUGUGCUCACCGAGGCAGUGGCUGAGCUGACGGUGGCCCUGUUGCUGGCAACAUCCCGCCGCCUGAUCGAAGCUGUGGAUGAAGCUAAGAAUGGUGGUUGGGGCACCUGGAAGCCACUCUGGAUGUGCGGAUAUGGUCUUACGCAGAGCACUGUGGGAAUCCUAGGACUUGGACGAAUAGGGACAGCUAUAGCUGAACGUCUGAAGCCGUUUGGAGUAAAAAAAUUCCUGUACACCGAUGUUGCCCCCAGAGCAGAGUUGGCUGCCAAGAUCCCAGCAGAAUUUGUGUCUUUGGACGAGUUGGCUAAGCAGUCAGAUUUCAUCGCCGUCUGCUGCGCCUUAACUCCCGAAACCCAGGGGAUCUGCGGCAAGAACCUCUUUUCCAAAAUGAAAAACAGCGCAGUGUUUAUCAAUACGAGCAGAGGCGGGGUGGUGAACCAGGAUGACCUGUACCAGGCUUUGGUCAAGGGCCAGAUUGCUGCUGCUGGUCUAGAUGUCACAGUGCCUGAACCCCUACCUACGAACCAUCCUCUUUUUACACUCAAGAACUGCGUCAUCCUUCCCCACAUUGCCAGCGCCACCAUGGAAACUCGCAAUGCCAUGGCUGCCUUGGCCGCAAACAAUUUGCUGGCUGGUCUAAAGGGAGAGGCCAUGCCCAAGGAGGUGCCACUCUGAGGAAAAGGAACACCACAGGCCAGCUUGCCCCUCUCUCCUUCCCCAUCCCUCAGAGUAGACCCAUUCGGGAUCUGGGCUCAUGUGGUUUGAAUCGUGCGUAGUUGGCACGGGGGACGGAAUGUGGGGUUAGGAAUCGGGAUAGGUCUCGCCCUGUCUGUUUUUAUUACAAGAAGACGCCCAAGGCCUUAUCUCUUCAGCUUCAGGGCUGACUAGCAUUCACUAGUAUUAUGGUCAGUAGAUUUGUGAUUCUAUGUAAUCCUUUGCAUCACUGUAAUUCAGCAGCCAGUCCUUCGAGCACUCAGCAAACGAGCAUGUGACUUCUAACGGCUCGUAGAGAUGCUACGCGGCCCAGAUCUCCAUGCCCUGAAAUGCACCAGAACAGUGCAGCUCCAGUUCCGAGCACUGUCAAGCUUUAAUGUCACCGGAAGAGAAACUCUCUCCAUAGCAGGUGACCUUUUUGUUUAAGCCAGGUUGGCAUCUGCUCAGGGGAGAGAGUUCGUUAAAAUGAUCUGUAUGCUUCUGCACUAUCUCCAAUCUGCAAGCAGGAUCUCUAAUGAAUCUGUAAAGGUGGACCCGUUCCAGCCAAUAAAACUCAUAACACCCUCUUCAA